UCCCAAUUGAGCCCGCUCAGCGAAGCAACACAGCUCUCUUGUUAUCUAGGCAUCAGAAUAGAAAGAGUCACAGCAUCAUUAAUGAGUCAACGCGGACACACAUUAGGAGAACUCGGUGCCGGUUUGCGGCGGACUAUUGCAUUCACUAAGCUCCUCGGGAAUACGCAACGGCAGUUAGGGGCCAGAAGGCCGCCGUUUGAGCAUAUUUACCCGUUGAUGCAGCAUAGCGGGACCCGUCCCAUCGAACCAGGCCGUCGCAAUGGUCUCAACAUGACAUCCCUGCCACGUGCGGCUGCUAGAUCCAUUCAUUUCCCAUCUUCCAGCCCCAAAUUCGGCCGACGAUUAUGAAUGGUCCCCCGGACUUUCCGUGGUGGAAGCGAGGCGAAGGAGCGAAAGGAUUGCAUCGGCAACAUGCCUCAUUACUCAGUCCUCCUUUACCAGACCUAACAGGGAAACUUCAAGCCGCAAUGCUGCGCGAGUGGUGA